AUGAAGGCCAUAGGGUCGUUUGACCCCAUUGACCCCACUGUGGGUCCGUCCCUGGGUGUAUGCCAUGGUCCGAUUUACCCUCAAAUUGGUAUCAAAAUCGAAUAUUAUACACAACCCGGUUCAUUUCGGUUUGGGAAUGUAAGAUGCUAUGAGGUUAUAGCGGCGAGCCAUCGUUUAGAUUGA